AUGGCGUCGCCAAACCAGCGGUCGGUACACUUGCCUAUAUCGCGCCCAGCGCCGAUGGGCAAGGUGCCCGACCCGUCCGUCUCGCUGCAUCUCGCGUUGGCGUGGCUGCUGAUUCGCGCAACGCCGGCAAACGACCAAGGCGUCAUCCUCAAUAUCUACUCCAUGUCCUUUGUCGCGGCGAUCCUGGAUGUGAUUGCGCAGGAGGCUUUCGAGGUCAACCCCGCACCGGGGACGUACGCGACACUUCGGGCAACGACGGACGCCCUCAUCGCCCGCGAGGCCGCGACUGUAGCUCGCACGAACGCCAGGCGGCGCGCUCGUGGACAGGCUGUCUCGGCAGACCAGGAGCAGGCCGAGUUGGAGGAGAGCUGGCUCGGCGCGUUUUCGAGCAAUUUUGAGGACAUCAACAAUGGGUGCUCGUUCAUUGACACUAUUGAGCGCGAAAUCCGCAAUAGGAUAAGCGAGGACAGUGAGGAGACCUUAGAAGGCGUCGAGCCACUGGAGCGCCGCUCGCCCCUCGGCCUCUUCUUCCGCAGCAUGCUCGUCUCCCUACGGCGCAUGUCGUUUGAUGAGACGGCCGUGCUCUCGGCCCAAGUCGCCGAGUGGUGUGGUAUCAAGCUCGGCGAGGGGUCACAUGUGCCUAUUGCCUGGUCACUGCUACGUUCGGCAGCGACGAGCGAUCCAAAGUCAAGCCCCGCGCUGUCUUCUGUCAUCGACCACCAAGCGGCGAUGGCGUCGGGCGACUACUCGCUCGCUCUGACCUCGCUCAUGCGAUUCUACGACUACCAGAUGCCGUCGUCAGGCCGCGCAAUGCACCAGUACGCGCUGCUCAACCUCGCGUCAUUCCACUACUCGACUGGCGGGCUCGACUCGGCAGCCCUCGCACUCCGCGACGCUAUCCGGCUCGCGCGCUCACAGAACGACCACGUCUGUCUCCAGGAGUGUGUCAGUCUGAUGUACCGCCUCAGUAUGGAAACCGAGGCGGCCGCAUGGCCAGGGCUCGAGGUGCCCAAGGUGCAGAAGGACGCGCUGCCUCCACGCCGGCUGAAGAAGGCAGGUGCGCCUAUGGACGAGCUGUGGUCGAUCAAGGCGGCUGUGGACCUCGGCGAGCCAAUACCUGUCGUCUUUCGGCGCGUGUACGUCGCACUUGGGCAACACCAUGCGUCUACUCCACCGCCAAGCGCGGAGAAGAACGAGAACCCGCUGCGUACCGGGCCGAGCGGUCAGCUCAAUACGCCAGCGUGGCAUGUGGCGCAGGCUGGCCUGUGGUCUCUGCUUGGCUCUGACUCCCUGGCCGACACGCACGAGACGAUGGCGCUGGCAUCGCCUGACCUGGAGAACGAGACACGCAUGGCGGUGAUCUAUGCACGGGCAGAGAGGGCCGCGUUGAGAGGACAGUUUGACGAGGCUCUUGCGAGCCUACUCGACCUGGGCACAGUGCAGGGCCUAGUUCUUCCAGAGUACCACGUCUGGGCACGCACGGUAUGGGCAAUCCUGGAGCGCGAGGCACGCCUGCGACAGGAUGUGGACGCGCAGGCCAUCAUCGACGGGUUACGGCCGCCAACUACCUCUGCCGAGCGGCUCGGGCCCGGCGGUCCCCUCCGAGAGCACUUUGACGCGGCGGCGCGCGCCGAGCCAUCGACACGCGGCGUCGUGUUCGCGCACGGCGAGGUGACCGAUUCUCUGCGGCAAGCGCGCAAGAUGCUCGACGCAAACGUCCCGCCACACGUGGCACUCCCGCGCGUGCUGUCCGCGCUGCAUCUCGCCUCGGGGCUCGGUCUGUGGCCGCUCUACCGCUCGGGCACAGUGACACUGGGCGAGGUCCUGCUCGCGAUGGAGAGCCUAGGCAUGGCGGCCAAGGCGGACGCCGAGGUGGCGACCGUGUGGGACGCGCUCGUAGUGAGCGGGGACGAUGAGGCUAUCGCGCGCGGCGCCUACGUGCGCGCGCGGGCGCAUGCCGCCGCUGCACUAGGCGACGAGGGGGAAAGCGAGUCAUUCAGCACCAGCGCCGGGCGCGCACUGCAGUAUGCGCACACGGCGACAGUGCAUGCCGAUGCGGUCGGCCUGCGCGCCGUCAAGCGCGGUGCUGCGGCCGUCAAGGCCAUGCUCAUGGAGCUCGACGGUCAGCAACCCGACAUGAGCGCGUGGGCUGCGGCAGACAAGGACCUGCCCCGCCUCAGCGACAAGGUGCGGCGUGCGGGCGAGGUCGUGCGCCUCGUCGGCGUGCGCGUCGCCGAGGGCUGGAGCUAG